AUGCCUUCCUCAUCCGACUACUUACACCCCCAAGACCAUCCCGAUGCGCCAGACGCCUACUCGGACUCGGACGACGACUUGGAUCUAGAAGAGCUAGAUCCCAACACGACAUCGCCUGAACAGCCUCGUGAGUCUCGGGACUAUACCGGCCGCAAAAGAAGCUACGGGCCGGGUAUCGCGCUGCGCAACUUACGUGUCGGAGCGGCAAGUCGGUGGAGACGCAGUGCAUCUGGACGUGCAGACUCGGAGGAUGAUGCAGAUGCGCUUUUAGGGGGCGAGGGGGAACAAGGCUUGCGGGACUCACAUGCAAGCUCUCGGAACUUGGAAGAUGAUGAUGCGCCUCUCCUGGAUCGCAGGGCCUCGACUCGCGAUUUCAACGAUGAGCCUCCCAAGAAAGGCAGCCGCCUGCGCUUCCCAGGAUUCAAGACUCCCGCCUUCCUACAAGGUGUAUCAAUCCGAUUUGGAUCAAAUAACAACGACUCUGAGAACCAGCCUCCCCGUGAGGUCAUCCCGGUGCUACGAAUUGGUUAUAUGUCGUCCUACAUUGCCCCUUUAGCCUUUGUUGUUUCAAUAUCAUUGGGUAAAGAGGCACUUGAUGAUAUUGGUCGUCGGCGACGAGAUGCCGAAGCCAACGCGGAAGAAUACUGCACUGUAGCACUAGGAAGGUCCAACGCGACGGAGAUCACCAAAAAAUCGCGAGACUUGAAGGUUGGUGAUGUGCUCAAAGUCCGCAAAAACCAACGCCUUCCUGCCGAUGUGGUGAUUCUGAAGAGUAUCUCAAAUGACUCCGGCACUCCUCGUCAUUCAUUAACGGAAGAACCCGUUCCUGGGGCGUCUUCCGACUUGCUCGAACAAGGUCGAGGAUCGUUCGAACCCACAGCCAAUACCGCAUCGAAGAGUGGUGAAGAUGAUAAAAAUUCACCUGCAGGUGAUACUUUCAUCCGGACCGAUCAAUUGGAUGGCGAAACUGACUGGAAGCUUCGUCUGCCCUCCAUCCUGUCUCAACCGCUCCCUCUGAGCGAUUUAAAUCGACUACAAAUCACAGCUAGCCCUCCUGAUAAGAGAGUCAACGAAUUCGUGGGGACUAUCGGGCUGGGACCGCCCACUGGAUUCUACGAUGCUCAUGUUGGCAAGUCAUCUGGGCCUCCAAAAAACGAAGGAACGCCUGGGCCGGUGGAAAAUCAAUCAGCUCCCUUGACAAUCGACAAUACUGCCUGGGCCAACACUGUUCUUGCGUCUAAUACCAUCACCUACGCCGUCAUCAUCUAUACAGGAUCUCAAACCCGGGCUUCACUUUCGACUUCCGCUUCCCGGUCGAAGAUCGGCCUGUUAGAACUCGAAAUCAACAACCUCACCAAAAUUCUCUGCGCUCUCACAUUUACUCUCUCGUUCAUCCUCGUCGGGUUGCAAAGAUUCGAACCAACAAACGACAAGAAAUGGUACGUUGCGAUCAUGAUAUAUCUCAUUCUCUUCUCCACGAUCAUUCCCAUGAGUCUUCGAGUCAAUCUAGACAUGGCCAAGUCGGUAUACGGGCGGUUCAUCGAACGGGACAAAGACAUUCCAGGAACCGUCGUCCGCACCAGUACAAUUCCAGAGGAUCUGGGAAGGAUCGAAUAUUUGCUUUCAGAUAAGACGGGAACGUUGACCCAAAAUGAGAUGGAGCUCAAAAAGAUCCACGUUGGCACUGUAUCAUACGCCAAUGAGGCAAUGGACGAAGUCGCCUCAUUUAUUCGUCAAGCUUUUGCUUUUUCGGGCAAUACCUUGACCACUCCUUCAACUGUCUUUGGAACCCAAGCUGGCCAUGCCACAGCGCCGCGAACCAGAAGAGAGAUUGGUUCUCGCGUCCGGGAUAUUAUCUUAGCACUUGCUCUCUGCCAUAACGUCACACCGACCACGGAGGAGGAAGACGGCCGGAAGGUGACAAGCUAUCAAGCGUCGUCGCCUGAUGAAAUUGCCAUUAUUCGAUAUACCGAAGAAGUCGGAUUAAAACUAGCAUAUCGAGACCGACAAAGUAUCGUCUUAGAAUCCACCGAUUCCAAGCAGGUUGUGGUCCGGGCUCGAAUUCUCGACAUCUUCCCAUUCACAUCCGACUCCAAGCGAAUGGGGAUUAUCGUCCAAUUCGAGCACGACGAAAACAUGCUUGAAUCCGGCAAAGACGACAGUGAGAUUUGGUUCUACCAGAAGGGUGCAGACACUGUCAUGACGACUAUUGUUGCAGCGAAUGACUGGCUCGACGAGGAGACUACGAACAUGGCUCGGGAAGGGUUGCGAACUCUCGUUGUUGGGCGCAAACGAAUCUCCGCCGAGCAAUAUCAGGACUUCUCUACUAAGUACAAACAAGCGUCACUAUCUUUCCAAGGGCGAGAUGCGGGCAUGGCGAAGGUUGUGAGCGAAUACCUUGAACGGGAUUUAGAGCUUUCCGGUGUGACCGGUGUGGAAGAUCGGCUGCAGCGCGACGUCAAAUCCUCUCUCGAGCUGUUACGCAAUGCUGGUGUUAAGAUCUGGAUGCUGACGGGUGACAAAGUGGAGACAGCGCGUUGUGUCGCUAUUUCUGCCAAAUUGGUCUCCCGGGGCCAGUACAUUCACACAGUCACCAAAAUCACAGACAAGUCGACUGCCCAAGAAGCUCUUGACUUCUUGCGCAACAAGACUGACUGCUGCCUGCUGAUUGAUGGUGAGUCCUUGAACCUCAUGCUCGGCCAAUUCAAAGCAGCUUUCGUCUCUGUCGCCGUGCUACUGCCCGCCGUGAUCGCAUGCCGAUGCUCCCCCACCCAGAAAGCUGAGAUUGCGGAAUUGAUUCGCCAACACACAAAGAAACGCGUGUGUUGUAUCGGAGAUGGCGGCAACGAUGUCUCGAUGAUUCAAGCAGCCGAUGUCGGAAUUGGUAUCGUGGGCAAGGAAGGCCGCCAAGCAUCCUUGGCCGCUGAUUUCAGUAUCACGCAGUUCCACCAUAUCACCAAACUUCUAGUCUGGCACGGCCGCAACUCGUACAAGCGGUCUGCUAAACUAGCACAGUUCAUCAUGCACCGUGGGUUGAUCAUCAGUGUUUGCCAGACUAUGUACAGCAUCGCCAGCCACUUCGAUCCCAAGGGCUUGUUCAUCAACUGGCUCAUGGUUGGCUAUGCAACUGUCUACACCAACGCGCCGGUCUUCUCUCUUGCCUUUGAUCGGGAUGUGGAUGAGCGUCUCGCUAAUCUCUACCCAGAGCUUUACAAAGAGCUCAAGACAGGGAAGAGUCUAAGCUACCGCUCGUUUUUUGGUUGGGUUCUCAUUUCUGUCUACCAGGGUGCAGUGAUCGAGGGCCUUUCUCAGAUAUUGUUGGGUACCAUCACAGGGCCGCGCCUGAUUAGUCUUUCCUUCACGGCCCUCGUACUCAACGAGCUUGGAAUGGUCGCCAUUGCAAUUACAACCUGGCACUCGGUCAUGAUUUUCUGUCUGAUCGGUACGCUGCUUGCGUACGCUGCUAGUGUCCCCUUCCUGAGCGAGUACUUCGACCUCAGUUAUGUGAUCACCCUUGACUGGCUGUGGCGAGUUUUCGCUGUGCUAGCUGUGUCUCUGGUUCCGGUCUGGGCUGGCAAAAUGAUCAAACAGUCGUGGCACCCGCCAAGUUACCGAAAGGUCCGUGGAUAG